CUGAACGGAACGGACGUUAAAACUGGCGAGCGGAUGGCGUUUCGGUAUCGUUAUUCGGUUAUCCGUGGCUUUAUAAUUGUAUCUUGUUAAUCGCACUUUAAUCCGCGUCCUUUCUUCGUCGAGUGUUUGCUUGUUUUACUUAAAAAUCACUUAUUUUUAUGGUUUACGUUAUUCGACUAAUGCUGUGAAAAUGCCGACGGCUUUUGCCAAAUGUGAACUUUUAGGCUAAGAGACCCCCGAAAACUGAUGUCCACUUUGGCCAGCAGCCGACCGCCCCCGCUCAAGCUGAUAAUUCCGACUUUGGAGGAGGAGGAGGAUCCCGAGGAGGAGAGGCGAGCGGCAGACCGGUCUAUCGGAGGAGGCGGUGGAGGAGGAGGUGAGGUAGCGGCAGCCAUGCAUCCGGAUUGCCUGCCUUUGCCGCUGGCCCAGCACGGCAGUUCCCCGCAAGUCGAUCACGAGGAGGAGAACACGGAGUGUGAGGAGCAUCUCAACAUCGAAGAUGAGGAGGUGGAAGAGGAGCACGAGCAGGAUUUGGAUUUGGAGGAUCCCAAUAGUUGCUGCAGUGAAACCAGUGUCCUGAGUGUGGGCCAGGAGCAGUCCCAGGCUGCCCAGGCGGCUCUAUCGGCUCAGGCCCAGGCCCAGGCCCGGCAGAGGCUGCUGAUCAGCCAAAUCUACCGGCCGUCGGCCUUCAGCAGCACCGCCGUCAUGUCCCCCAGUGAGGCCACGCCCCUCUCGCCAGAUGAUCUCCUGCAUUUGCCGCCCGGGAACAGUAGCUUCCAGGAGGAGUUCCUGCGGAAGUCCCAGCUCUACGCCGAGGAGCUAAUGAAGCAGCAGAUGCACCUAAUGGCCGCCGCCAGGGUGAACGCCUUGACCGCUGCGGCAGCGGGAAAGCAGCUGCAAAUGGCCGCAGCUGCGGCGGCGGCGGCAGCAGCAGCGGCCGCGGUGAACGCACCCACCGGCCAGGAUGCCCUGGCCCAGCUGACGGCCACGGCGCUGGGCAUCGGGCCGGGUGGGGCGGCUCAUCCGCACCAGCAGCUGCUCCUCCAGCGGGAACAGGCGCACCAACACCUGCAACACCACCACAACAACAACGAGAAUCUGCACGAGAGAGCCCUCAAGUUCAGCAUCGAUAAUAUUUUGAAAGCGGACUUUGGGUCGCGUCUGCCAAAAAUGGGAGCACUGGCAGGGGCAGGAGGUGGUAGUGGCGGAGCCGGUGGAAAUGCCAAAAAUAGUGGGAGUCCUAGUAACAGCAAGAGUCCUUUGAAGGCUCCCAAGAAGUCGGUGAAGCCCCUGAACCUGGCCCAAACUAAUGCCGGCAAUGCGGGCCUCAGCUUUUCCAGCUCCUUGGCCAACAUUUGCAGCAACAGCAACGAUUCCAAUAGUACGGCCACCAGUAGUAGUACUACUGCCACAGUGGCUCCAGUGGACCUGGUCAAAUCCCCACCACCGGCGGGGGGAGCCAGUGGAGGAGGAGCAGGCUCGACGGGUGGAGGAAGCAAGUCUGGAGAGGAUUCUGGGACACCAAUAGUGUGGCCAGCGUGGGUCUACUGCACCCGCUACAGUGAUCGCCCCAGCUCAGGUCGAAGUCCGCGGACGCGCAAGCCCAAGAAGCCGGCGUCAUCCAGUGCAGCGGCUGGGGGCGGAGGAGGCGGUAGCGGCGACAAGGGGGAGGCGGCAGACGGUGGCUCGGCCGAGGAUAAACGCCCUCGAACGGCCUUCAGCGGUACGCAGUUGGCCAGACUGAAGCACGAGUUUAAUGAGAACCGCUACCUGACGGAAAAGCGGCGCCAGCAGCUAAGCGGGGAGCUGGGCCUGAAUGAAGCCCAAAUCAAGAUCUGGUUCCAGAAUAAGCGGGCCAAGCUGAAAAAGUCCAGUGGCACCAAGAACCCCCUGGCCCUGCAGCUGAUGGCCCAAGGACUCUACAAUCACUCCACAGUGCCGCUGACCCGCGAGGAGGAGGAGCUGCAGGAGUUGCAGGAGGCGGCUUCGAAGGAACCAACCUAAGAUGGUUUCCCCAGCAAUAUCUACGAUUUAGUAUUUAUGGAGUAGCGUGUAAGAUUAGAUUCUAGAAAUACUAAACGAUUAAGUUGUACCAUAUUCUAGUCCAACAAGCACACACGCAACAGAGCAUCAGGUGGAAGAAAUCUGGCCAAGAAAUCUCUCUAAGAAUUCCCCGUGAAGAAAUACCAUAUCUUUCAGGUUGCGUGUGUGUUUUCUUUGUAUAAUAGAUUCAUAAAUUCACAACUAAAUAAUUUAAUAAACAUUUAAAUUAUACACGGCGUGUUGUUGCUGUCGUUAUCGAAGGAAUUUUGCAUAAUUUGAAUUUGAUUGCCAUAUCUGUUUAUGGGCC